UUUUUUGGCACCUUAAAUCAAAUCGAGCGGGCUUAAUGAUAUUUUCUCUCGUAUCUCCGGAGUUUGUUGUGUUUACGGCAUGGUUAGAAUUCUGCGAUGCUUGGAGACUGUCGAAAAAAUGCGAAACGAUUCAAGGGUGGACACUUACCCAUUCUUAUUUUACAAUUAUGGGUGGCUUUACCGACGGAGGGGAUGCAAUCACUGAUCCAUCCGACUUUGGUGAUUACCCAGGAAUAGUCAAGCCGGUUGGCCACGGCACUGAUCGACAAGUCGCGGUGACGAAACAAGAAAUCCUUGACAAAAGCAAAGGGGAUUUCUUCACCAAGUCCAUUGUCAUCCUUCAGUUACUAUGGUUCACCUGUCAGUAUGUUGGGCGAUGGGCGAGUCAUCUGCCCAGGUCACAACUCGAAGUGAUGACUCUGGCCUACACCGCCCUAACCAUCAUAGUUUGUGCCUUAUGGUGGCAUAAACCCCUCAACCUUCACUUCCCAAUCCAAGUAACGAAAGAAUCUCAUCAACCCCCACCUACACAGGUUGAUCAAAUGCAUCCGGCCCCCCUCGCAGCGAAGAUCGUGGAAAUAGACCCCCAUUGGAUCUUUUUAGUCACCGGACUAAUCUUCGGAGGAAUUCAUUGUCUUGCUUGGUCAUUUUCAUUUCCGACAAGCGGGGAGACACAGUUGUGGCGUAAUGGCGCAAUAAUGAUAACAGUAGCCCCUCCCAUUUCAACUAUUUACACUUUUACUUCCCGCCGCCAACAUGGGCUCGGGAUACUCGGCGCGUUGAGUUACCGUAUGUUCAUUUACGGAUCGUAUUAUCUGGUUGCUCGGGUUAUCCUCCUUGUCGUUACAUUCACCUCUUUGCGUUCGCCUCCCCCGGCUCUAUACCAAACCCCGCAGUGGUCUUCUAUCAUUCCGCAUUUUGGGUAGGGGAGUUGUAGAUUUAUGUGUUCCAUUGCUUGGUAUCAUCGGAAUUUUUCUUUCCCUCCGAGAAAAUCCCUACCUGGGAGCUGCCCAGCAGAUGUGACAACGACAUCUAAAUAUUAUUCACUCUCCUGGACGUACUUCCCCGUUGCGAUCCGGAAGUAGAGGCUGGGAUCCUGCCUAUGUUGGG